AUGUCAGAUGAUGAAGCAGAUCCUGAGCUUCUGGAGCUUCUGCGCGCACAUCUGCAGGGUAAGCUCCAGAUUGAGGAAGACCCUGAGACUGGUGUCCUACAAGGAGUCGAAUACGUCUACGACAAUGGCAUCGAUGUGGCGAUUGAUAUGCGAGCGUCCAAAAAUGCCGCAGAAACUAUUUAUAAGCAAAUGCAAGCAAAGAAGUUCACUACGGCCAGCUGGACAGACAACGAGCUACACCCCAAGACCAAGGAUGAGGCGACGGUUGCGUUUAUUUUCACCAUGGAUCUAUUAAACUUUUCAUUUUGGUCCGAGCUUCCACAAGAGGAAAGAUUUGCCAUAGAAUAUAAAGAAAAGCAGUGGACAGGAUACUGGAGUCUAGUUGCCGCAAUGCAGCGGGCCCUGGACGAGGGCAUACCCAUAACUGAUCCAAAUUACUGGAUCGAUGAGAAUAAGUUUACCCUCGAGUCGUUGAAACAUGUUUUUCGGUCCUGCACGGAGGAAGAAAUGCCUUUAAUGCAGGAGCGGUAUGAUUGCCUGCGAGAAAGUGGCCAAGUCCUCUCUGACAAAUACGACGGGUCUGUGCUGAAUCUUCUCGACGAUGCUGACGGUUCAGCAGCCAAGCUGGUGAAUCUGCUUGCGCAAGAUUUUGAUUGCUUUCGCGAUGAGCAUCACUUCGAGGGGAGCCAAAAGCCCAUUCGAAUACUCAAGAGGGCUCAGAUCUUAGUAGCCGAUCUGUGGGCUUGCUUCCAGGGGGAGUCAUAUGGUAGAUUUCACGACAUUGACAAAAUCACCAUGUUUGCCGACUAUCGUAUCCCGCAGAUACUGGUGAGCCUCGGCGCCUUGUACCUAAGCCCCUCGGUUGCCAGCGCUAUUAAAUCACGCAAGAUCAUAGAGAGUGGCAGUUCUUGGGAAGUACAACUGCGAGCAUGCAGUAUAUGGUGCGUCGAGUUGAUUCGGCGAGAGAUUGUGAGAAAACAUCCCGACACUCAUGUCAAUGCGAUUUUGAUCGACUUUUUCCUAUACGACACAAUUAAAGAGCUGGAAGCCGCCGGGCAAGAAAAGUUUCCUCAUCACCGAACGAGAAGCAUUUGGUACUAG